GAAAGUCAGAAAGUGGCUCCCUUCCUCCGUCAUUUUUCUCCCAUCCCCAUGUGAUCAUCUGAUGACGCUGCUUGCUGCACACUCACAAGUCACAACAUCACAACUCUCUCUCUCUCUCUCUGUGUCAACUUUCUUUACUUCAUUCACCUCACCUCAGCACCUUCUCUCUCUACACAACUUGAGAAGAUAACACACGAUGCCAUCAUUUUCUUCUUGGUUCUUCAUAACCCUUCUGUGCUUCUUCUUCGAUACUGCUUUUUCUGGUGACCCUUUUGUUUACUUUGAUUGGACUGUUUCCUACACCACACUCUCCCCACUUGGACUCAAACAGCAGGUAAUUGGGAUCAAUAAGCAAUUUCCAGGACCAGUUCUAAACGUUACGACAAACUGGAAUGUGGUUGUUAAUGUGAAGAAUGAUCUCGAUGAACCCUUACUUCUGACAUGGAAUGGUGUACAACAUAGAAAAGACACUUGGCAAGACGGAGUUUCAGGAACUAAUUGUCCAAUUCCUGCUGGCUGGAAUUGGACAUACGAGUUUCAAGUUAAAGAUCAGAUAGGGAGUUUUUUCUACUUCCCUUCGUUAAACUUCCAGAGAGCUUCUGGAGGAUACGGAGGAAUUAUCAUAAACAACCGACCAGUUAUUCCUGUUCCCUUCGGGUUGCCUGAUGGCGAUGUUACGAUAUUUCUCAGUGACUGGUACACCAAGAGUCAUAAGGAUCUCAGAAAGGAUGUGGAAAAUGGCAUUGACCUUGGAAUCCCGGACGGUAUUCUUAUCAAUGGUUAUGGUCCUUAUCGCUAUGAUGACACACUUGUUCCAAAUGGCAUUACUUACCAAAUAAUAAAUGUGGAACCUGGGAAAACAUAUCGCAUACGGGUUCACAAUGUCGGUAUCUCAACAAGCUUGAAUUUCCGGAUCCAAAAUCACAACUUACUCCUAGUGGAGACCGAAGGAUCAUACACAGUCCAGCAAAACUACACAAACAUGGACAUUCAUGUCGGUCAGUCAUAUUCAUUCUUGGUAACAAUGGAUCAAAAUGCAAGCACUGAUUACUAUAUUGUUGCGAGUCCUCGGUUUGUUAAUUCGUCAUGGACUAAAGCUACUGGAGUUUCCAUUUUGCACUACUCCAAUUCUCAGGGUCCUGCUUCAGGUCCUCUUCCCAGUCUUUCUGAUCAAGAUGAUCCUUCUUUCUCUAUAAAUCAAGCAAGAUCAAUAAGGUGGAAUGUGUCUGCCGGUGCUGCACGUCCAAACCCGCAAGGUUCAUUCAGAUAUGGUGACAUUACCGUCACAGAUGUAUAUGUUAUUCUCAAUAGACCUCCAGAGCUUAUAAAUGGAAAAUGGAGAACUACCCUUAAUGGUAUAUCAUAUUUACCGCCUUCAACACCAUUGAUACUUGCGCAACAAUUCAAAAUUCUCGGGGUGUACAAGCUUGAUUUUCCAAAUAGAUUUAUGAACAGGCCUUCUAAAGUUGAUGUGUCUCUCAUUAAUGGAACUUAUAAAGGUUUUAUGGAAAUAAUCUUCCAAAACAAUGACACCACAGUUCAGACCUACCAUUUGGAUGGUUAUGCGUUCUUUGUCGUUGGCAUGGAUUUUGGAGUAUGGACUGAAAAUAGCAGAAGUACUUAUAAUAAGUGGGAUGGUGUGGCUCGCUGCACUACACAGGUCUUUCCUGGGGCUUGGACAGCCAUUUUAGUAUCUCUUGACAAUGCUGGCAUGUGGAACCUUCGUGCCGAGAACCUCAACUCUUGGUAUCUGGGCCAAGAAGUUUAUCUGCAAGUUGUAAACCCAGAGAAUGAUAGUAAUGAGAAUUCUUUGCCUGAUAAUGCAAUAUAUUGUGGCCUACUUUCCUCCCUUCAAAGGGACCAGUCUCACAAAUUCCAGUUCUCUGUAGGAUCACCUUUAAGCAGUAAUUCUAGAAUGAUAUUAUUCAUGUUAUUAUGUCUAGCUCUAAUUGAAAGUUUGUAUGACAUGUGUAAUGUUCAACAUUAAUGUCAUCUAAAACAUAGAACAAGGUUAUUCUAUGUAAUAUGAGGCUGCCCAUUUUAAGAUAUAGAUGUGAUUGGCCAUUGAAUAGAAAAUUUUGUGUAUUAUAAUAUGUUGGACAAACUUUAUAUAGUAAUGUAAUCAUAACUGUAAACUAGAACCGUACAUUGUUUUGAAGUUUUUUGACCCUCUGGAUGCUUUAUUUUCAA